UCAUUUGAUGAGCCGUACUUUAUGAAACCAACACCAAUUUUACGAGGGACAGGUUCAGAAGAUUUGACUACUGUAUUGUUGGUUAACAAGAACGGAGUGGGACGUUUAGGUGAUAGUUAUGGCCGAUUUCUUUCCGUACGACCUGAAAUUGGCCUCUUAACCUCAACAGCCCGAACAUUCAUUCAAGAGGGUGUCACAACUGAAUAUGCCACCCAGGUCGUGGGAACUACCUUAAAUAAUGGGCGACUAUAUGCCCAGUAUCUGAAGAAAAGUUCGAGAGUAUUGUUUGAAAAAAGCCCCAAUAGCAUGUUACCAUCGGUCGUCACCAGUUGGGUGGGCGAUAGUGUUCAGUCUUCGCAAACACGAUCCUAUCUGCAAAGUCACAACGAUUUACUGAAUGCUGACUCUCCAGAUUGGCAGGAAAUUGAUGAUAGACUAGUUCUGGAAGCUGUUGGGGUCCCUUUAAAUGGCAAUGAUCAUGAAUUUAUUGGUAACACGGAUUUUAUUAUGUUAAAGUCGGACAGUCAGUUGGUUUCAAAACCUGUUGCGUCAAACUCGAUCAUUAAAAAUAUAACAGAUAAUUCGGAUGUAAAGUUUGCUACUCGUUCUAGGCAUAUGGAGGACAAUGUCAGCAACAUUGCUGCUGAUAAAGUGUUGUCGAUUGGUGAUUUACCAACGUUUACGGUUAAAAAUAAUUUUGAGCCUAGUGGAUAUCAAAUAAACGAAGGUCAAGAUACACAGAUAAUUGCCGAUUUAAAUGCUAACCCGAGUGAAGAGGGACGCUCCGCGAAGAUUUAUCAUAAUUUAGGGCAAAAUGUGAAAGGGGAUAAAACGUAUCAUCAACCCAUUAAUAUACCAAAGAGACAAUUAUCUACUGUCACAUAUUAUGGCUUUGCUGAUUUCACAACUCUUGUGGGCGACAGCUUGAUUGUUUUCCUGCCAAGAAGUCCGCAGUCUAGUCCGUCUCUUGGCCAUGUAACAUCAAUAAAAGGCAUGGCUACGCUUAGAACCAGUGAUGUUAAUUUAGUUUUGACGACCAUGACAACUUUCAUUCAUUCCUCAAAAACAGCUGAAGUGGCCGUAAGUCCUACGACAAUAGAAAUAAAUGCUUCGGCUAGUUUCAGUGAUGCUACAGAGCCACCAAGAAGCGAUAUGGUCGAGAUUUCAAUACCAAAAACAUCCGAGUUAAUGUCAGAAGUUAGUAAGCUUCCAACACCCACUCUUGAUUCUAUAACAGUUCAAAAAGUUAUAUCGGAUGAUAUUGGCACAAUUGAAUCUAAGCCCAUGUUUUCACUGCCUACUGAUCAAGAAAUUUUGCAAAUAUAUUCGUCGUUAGCCAAAGCGCAAUACCAGCCAGCCCAUUUAUCACUUUCUUCCUCCGAAGUCAUUAGAGAAAGUGGUGUUUCUAGAGACCAAAUAGGUGAAUCAAAUCAGGUACAUGAAGGAGCCACAACCAUAUUCAUUGAUGAUGAUCCAUUUGCAAGCUUUGUCGAGCCUACUUCUGUGAAAAGUAAUCAUCUUUCAAUAACACCACCAAGACCAAUAGCAACAAUCUCAACUGAACAGGAUGAAACUACAACAGAGGUCACUUCGACGGGGGAUUCAGACACUACAAGUUUAGAGGAUGAAGAAAAGUCAUACACUCUCUAUUCUCAAAUAUCUGAAGAUGUAACCAAAACUCCACCUAUGAUUAAGGAAAUCAGUAGCCCGAACGAGGCUGCCGAAGGAAACUGUGCACACAUAACGUCACAAGUAUUUUUCACUCAAUUGCCAAACACAGAUAUGAUUUUGAGUACAAAAAAUCAUGAAAACGACAAAAAAGAACUCGUUCCAUUUGAUAUGCAGGAGACAACUAAAUUCUAUUGCCUCGAGCCAACGCAAAUAAUUGAAUCACCUCAAUUAGAAAAGCCAACAACAGUUUUGCAAGAGUCUGUUCAGUCUAGUAAGUCGUUCAUCAGCGACGCUGUAGGCACAAAAGAUGCAUUGGCGGAGAGUCAAACAGAGGCCACAGCUCCAACAGUCAGGGAAGAAAGCUCAAUAGACGCAGAGACAGCGACGGAUGUGCUAAUAGUUGCUGUUGAUAACGUUGCAGAAUCUGUAAAUGUAAAUGAUAACGAAAAUGAUGAUUAUGAAGGUGAUAAUGUUUCAGAUGAAAUUGAUCUUAUAUACAAAACACUGUACACAACCUAUACCUAUUUGACGACAUUUUUUCAAGGCCAGUCCACAACUGUAUCUAGCCAUACAGAGAUUAUUACAAAUAUUGUUACCUCGACUUUGGGUAAUGACGAAAACCCUGUAACCAUAAACGAUAUACAGAGCUUUUCUACAGAAACUCAAACUAUAGAUGUGAGGAUCACAUCAUCGCCAAACAUACAGGCUACACAAACCCGUUAUAUGAUUCCCGAUGAACUUGAAAGCCUAUUGCACUUUACGGCUAACGAUGAACACUCAAAAACGAAAAAAUUUGAUGAGCAAAACACAUAUUUGGAUGAUACAAAAUAUACAAAAACAUUCUAUACAACUUAUACUUACUACACAACGAUUUUCGCUGAUACUGAAACAGAUAUAAUGUCUAGAACCGAAGUGUUCACCAAUUAUGUCACUGAAUUGGGAGGGACUACCGAAACAAUUGUUGAUGAUAUAGUGCCAUCUACAACACCUUCAGCUUUCUAUCAUGGUAUAACCCUAUCCGUGUCUGAGUUCCAGUCGGAUAUUCCUAAGGUUGAAGAUAGAAAAGGUACUGAAAUAUCGCAAAAUAAAGAAGAGCAUUUUACAUUGGUUACUGACAUACGAUCAAGCAGUUCUAAUGGCGAACAACAAGUUGUUGGAAAAAACCAUGACGAUGAUCAAGUUAGUUCUGAGAGCAAUACGGAAGAAAUCAUACCAUCAGCCACAUUUCUGCUACAGACAAGUUUUACUACAUUCACAUUCUACACAACGAUGUAUGUUUCGGAUAGCACGAAUGUUGUGAGUCGACUCGAAACUGUAACCAAUAUUGCCACGGAAACGCUACAGCCAACAAAGGUUCUUGUCAGCGAUGAGGCUACUCUUCCUAUAACUUUCUUCACCACAUUUACUUAUUGGACUAAAUUAGCUAAGGACGGAGAGAUCACCACAAUUAGCAGAGAGGAAACCAUAUCAAACGUGAUAGAGCCGACAAGUCGUUUAGCAUUGGACGUUGAGUUGGGCUCGAGUUCAACUUCUAUUUCCGACUUGCCAUCCAUAUCAAACGAAGGCGGCCAAAAAAAUAAUAAUUUUAGUAAUAACAAUUUAAAGAAUAUUCCACUUAAUCCCAAACUUGAUGACAAAAACUUUAUAAAUUUAGGCACAAGUGAAGUAUCAGAGCUGACAACCUUUUAUACCACGUAUACAUAUUAUACAACAUCAUAUGACGCUAAUAAAACUGUUACAGAUUCCCGUUUCGAGACCGUUACAAAUGUGAUAACACCCCUAAUCAGUGCGAUUUCAAAAACUUCAACAACGAGUAUAGAGCCGACAAUGAUAAUAACACAGCCUCAGCCAAUAUAUAUUUCAGAAAAUAAUUACGAGAAUAAAAACAAAGAUAUCAUAUUCUAUGACUAUAAGCAUAUAAUUGAUGCGGAUGGAAUCAGCACUUUGUAUUUUACAACGCAAGUUCAAUCAACCGUUGACAAUGAAGGUAUUCCCAUAGAGAUCACCAGCAGUACAUCGAGCUUGUAUAUCGAUGAAGUAAAGAAAUCCAAUUCGCCUGCAACUGAACAAACAUUAGAAUCAGGAUCAUCCCGACUAUACAAAACUGGCUUGGCUAGACUAAUAGAGGGUACACGAAUUGGGAAUAGUACAACAACUUUGUAUCAAUCAAAAGUGAUUGGUACGAUUAUAAAUAAUCGAUAUGCACAAAUUAUUGAGAGUACCUCAAGCUUUAUUUUUGAAAAACGAAUACCUACAGCUACAAUACAAGCGACUUCAACAUCUGACGAGAUUACCACCACUCAAAUGGUAAGUCUUCAGUCCUUGCUUACAGAAGUUGAGGGUAGCAUUAAUACCGAUUCUAUCGAGCAAUCAACAUCUACUGAUAAUAUUGACGAUAAUACUGCUAGCUUAUCUCAGCAAGCAAAGAAACGAACAUUUGCGCCUGUGAUAAGACCAUUUGCUUCUCGGAACAGGCCAACAUUUGCGCCAAAGCAAAAAACUUUAAGUCCAAGCAGUGCCACUAUUAUCACCAGAUCUGACAUAACACCAACAAUAACAGCAACUCCGGCCCUUAAAUCUGUAAGCAGAUUUAGUUCAUCGCGUAGGGGGCCUAUUUCGAAUGCGCCAAUAAAUACUCUGGACGGCGGCUCAACAUCUUCUUCUAGACGUCUGUUUGGUCGCCCAAUAAAGUCGUCUACCAACACCGCGGUUGGUGCGGGCACUAGUCAAUCAGGCUCUAAUUUUAGUUUAGCAAGCACCGUAUUUGCUCCAUCUAGAAAUCGUUUUGUGUCCUCUUCACGUGCUUCUCUCGUAUCCAGUUCACGGCGACUAAGCAUUAGUUCUUCACUCCGUCCAUCCAGCAGCAUUAAUUUUCGAGCUUCUGCACUGAAUGUUGGCACCUCCAGACAAAGAAUUAGACCAGCCUCAGUAAUUGGGCAGGCAUAUAGUGCGACCACAUCAACGCUUAACCAACAUAAUUCAGAUAAUGUCGAUGGCGAUGAAGAGACUUCCACUGAAGAGUCGACUCAAGGCAAUGCUGAUGAAGAGAAAAAUAAUCAAGUUUCUAGACGUAAUCAGAAUUCCUUAUUGCGUUUCCGUCGACCACUCGGACGGCCGAGUGGAUUUACUCCUGUUCCACGGGCUAAUCUAGCUACCAUUUCACCGAGAAGAAAUCCAUUAACUGGACGGGUCAAAACAUCUACAACAACGACAAAAACAACAACAACGACAACAGCAAGGACACGACCACGAAGUUUUCAGCGACCCACAAUUUCAAGUCUUCAAGCGCGAGCUAGACCCCAAAACAAUCUUUUCCCUCCAAGAGGAUUAUUCCAACAACAAAAAGAUCAAGCUCAAGCAGACAAAGAUGCCAGCCAGAAUAUAAAUGAUACGGAAAGUGAUUCUGAUUACGAUGAUGAUGAUGAAGGCGAAGAUGAUGAUGCUGAUGGCGAGGUACAAAAUGAGGCUAGACGUCGCCGGAGUUCAAAUAAAACCGCAGCAACAGUCAGCAGUAUUUCAAAACUUUCACGUAGACGUCGUGAAGCUGAUACCUUAAAUAGGAACAAAUUUCGAUUUCGUCGACCAAAAACUGUCACAACCGAAGAGCCAAUUCUUUUAAAUAGCGAUGAGCGGACACUAUCCACAACUCACCCACAUUCAGUACGUCCGAAAAUGAAUUCACGUUUCGGCUCAAGAUACAUGGGGACGCAUAAGCCAUAUACAAGUACCACCGCUCCUGCCAUCGCAAGCCAUAGGUCGAUUCGUCCAAGCAGGCCCACAUCGCCGCGUACUCAAUUUACAUUGAGAGAGCAAGAUGCUCCUACAAAGAGCAGACAGAGUGGCACAUCUUCAAACUUUCGUCGCCAACAGUCGAGUGCACGGCACACCACGACUAUUUCCAGUUCAACUAGUGCAUCGCGCCGUCUGAAGAGCUACAGCAAGCAUAAUAAUAAUAUGGAAAAUUCUGGUAACCGUGCCACAAACACAGCACGUACGCGUAAAGGCAAUACAAAUGUGUCAGCAAGAAGCCGCACUACGAUGCGUGGAAGAAGUCGCAUUGAAUACAACUCGGACUCGCAAUCCACAGAGUUGGGCAGCGUUACUAUCACGGUUACGCAUUUGAUACCAGCGGAAGUAACGGUGCCUGUUGUUAAUGGACUGGUGACUGAAUACAAAAAUAUUGUGACUGCGAAGACAAGUCUUGAGGUACUAGGACCACAUCAAUACACCCAAAUUUUGGGAAGCAAUGGGCAACUAUCAUUGUACCUAACUCGUGAAGAAUCCGCCAUUAAUUCUGCUGGUGCCACUGAGCUAACACGGUAUUUGCUGCGCGACUCAUUGACAUCGACUGUUACAUUUACUCCGACAACGAUUCGUGGGCGCAGAACAUCCUUCUCGCACGUUCUACCCUCGACAGUGUAUUCUGUAGAGAACCUGGUCUCGACUGUGCAGCCGCAGAUAGCAUCCAAUGCACCAUUGGCCAACAUUUUGCUAUCUCAACUGUUAUUAGGCAACAUCAAUUUGCCAAGCAAUCCACUUUUAGGGGCGAUCGGUCAGCCCCAAUUAUUGAGCCCAAUUAGUGUUGUUGAGCCGUCAGCACCGGUUACGGAAUAUCGUACACAUACUUCGACUUAUGUGACAACUAUAUACGAUGGCAAAUCUACAAUUUUGCCAAUCACUUUUCAGGGAAAGAAGAUCUUAACAACUGUUUUUGAUACGACUGCUCAGACCAUAACCGCAACUGAAUAUAACGUAGAUACAAUUGUUAAUACGCCCAGUCAUCAGGUGGUACAGGCAUCAAGUCAGGUGGCCCAAGUAAAUAAUCUGCUGUUGCAGCAAUUGCUGCUGCAGCAACAACAACAACAGCAACAGCAGGCUCAGAUGUCUCAGGUAAUGCAAACGGCAUCGUCCCAAAUAUUAUUGAGUGACAACUUGCAGGACCUGGAAGAUGGGGUGCGAUUUGAUGGUGGUUCCAUUAGCGCACGCAAUAAUAUUGAUGAUAUCAUAGCCAUCGAUGAUCAGCAUAUCCACACCAGUAAGAACCGCAAAAAGUCAAGGAAAUCGAACAAAGGUCAAAAGCGGAACAAACAGCAACAAUCGAAGUCUGAGGAAGAGAGCAGCGUAGUUACGUUAUAUGUCUCUGGACGAAGACCAGGAGAAUUUAGCACCGUUUUAUCUACUGUGUACAGUAGUUAUGAUCACUUAGCGCCAUCAAGUUUGCACAAAAGACACAUUAAUGACCAAGAAGAGACGAUUUCUUUACAUAAUCCCGAUGAUAUAUAUGCAUUUGGAGAGAGCGAACAAGUCCUAUCAUAUGUUUCACCUUAUCAACUGGGUGAAAACUCAGUCAACUCCGAUUCCGAUGAGUAUGGCUGUGGUACGGGUAAUGGUUGUGCUUGGAGAGAUCGUACAGCUACAUUAGAAAGCAUAAUUGGGGAUGUCGAGCUGUGGUAUGCCACAGCAACAAAGCAAAACGUUCAGCCAAUACCUUCGAAUACCAAGGAGGCUUUCAAAAACAGCAAUUAUUCAAAUUCAGUAAAUUUUUUAGUCUAAAUGACCCCACUGACUUGUCCCCACUUCAGAUGCAGGUCUGCAAUACCCAUUUGUAUAUUCAUCGUAGACAGUGUCUUCACAGCACUAAGCGCAUAUACAAGCGUAAAAUAAUGGGUUAUCAGAAACACUAGUGCUUAAGGUAAUUUUGCGAUGUAAGCCUCUUAAUUCUAUAUGCCCAUCACUAGUCAAGAAUCUUAAUAACAAA